GAAUCCUCCCGGGCAAAAGGGGGCGCUGCUCGACGCCCUCGGAGGCACGAGCCCGGGUUUUCGCCGAGCCCGCGGCGCUCCUCUCCUCGUUGACUGUGGGAAAGGUGUCGCGCAGGGUUCCGGCUCGGCUCGUCAUUCAGCCGCCCCGGGCCCGGCUCCGCCGACCCCAUUCUUCCCUGCCCUGCCUUUCCCACCCCUUCCGUUCUUCGUCAGUUGGUCUGGGGGUGCGCGCGCGCGCGCCGGGCACGGGCCCAGGCCUUGCCUUGCCUCGCCUCGUCCUCGCCUGCGCCGCCCUCCUUGACUUCCUCCUGCCGCGCCUCAGGCGGGACGGUACCAGCCUCCCCCGCUCAGGCUCCCCCGCGCCUCCCUCUCUCCUCCUGCUGCCCGGUCGGCGUGAGAGGGCCGGGGCCCGGCUCGCUCCUCCACCGGCGGCAGCCAUGGCGGCGAGCGCCAAGCGGAAGCAGGAGGAGAAGCACCUGAAGCUGCUGCGGGAGAUGAGCAGCCUGCCACCCAACCGCAAGUGCUUCGACUGCGACCAGCGCGGCCCCACCUACACCGACAUGACGGUGGGCAGCUUCGUGUGUACCUCCUGCUCCGGCAUCCUGAGAGGUUUAAAUCCACCUCACAGAGUGAAGUCUAUUUCUAUGACUACAUUCACACAACAAGAAAUAGAAUUUCUGCAGAAACAUGGGAAUGAAGUGUGUAAACAGAUUUGGCUAGGUUUAUUUGAUGACCGAUCAUCAGCAAUUCCAGACUUCAGGGAUCCUCAAAAGGUCAAGGAAUUUCUACAAGAAAAAUAUGAAAAGAAAAGAUGGUAUGUUCCACCAGAACAAGCAAAAGUUGUGGCAUCUGUCCAUGCAUCUAUAUCUGGGUCUUCAGCUAGUAGUACAAGCAGUACACCUGAAGUCAAACCACUUAAAUCUCUCCUGGGAGAAUCUGCACCAGCAUUGCACUUAAAUAAGGGCACACCUACCCAAUCACCUGUUGUAAUUCGGUCUCAAGGGCAGUCACAAGAAAAGAAACAGUUUGAUCUUCUUAGUGACCUUGGUUCAGAUAUUUUUGCUGCUCCUGCUCCUCAGUCCACAGCUACAGCAAACUUUGCUAAUUUUGCACAUUUCAACAGUCAUACAGCGCAGAACUCUGCUAAUGCAGGUUUUGCAAACUUUGAUGCAUUUGGACAGUCUAGUGGUUCGAGUAAUUUUGGUGGUUUCCCCACAGCAAGUCAGUCUGCUUUUCAGCACCAAAAUACAGCGUUCAGAACGCUUUCAUCUAGCUGCAGUUUUGGUGAAUUUACUACUUCCGCUUUCCCUCUCCAGGCUGUUCGCAGUGGGAGCGCUGGAGCAGUGAAUGCUAACUUUGCACACUUUGAUAACUUCCCCAAAUCCUCCAGUGCUGAUUUUGGAGCCUUCAGUGCUUCUCAGAGCAACACAACUGCAGUCAGUAAAGCUGCAGUGAAUAAACCGAAUCUCCAGUCAGCAGAUAAAUACGCAGCUCUUGCUAAUUUAGAUAAUAUCUUCAGCACAGGGCAAGGUGGUAGUGAGCCAGGAAGUGGCUUCGGUGCUGUCAAUACAGCACCAGCAGGUCCUGCUGUGUCAGCCCCAAGUCAGCCAAGUGCAUCUUCAGACAAGUAUGCAGCUCUAGCAGAAUUAGACAGUGUGUUCAGCUCCACAGCAACCUCUAGUAAUGCAUAUACUUCCACCAGUAAUGUUAGCAGUAAUGCUUUUGGAACAUUGCCAGUGGGUGCUAAUACACAGACACAACCUGCAUCAUCGAGUGUGCCUGCUCAGUUUGGAGCAACACCUUCCACAAAUCCUUUUGUGGCUGCCCCUGCAGUAGCACCUUCAACGAACCCAUUCCAAACCAAUAGUAGAGCAACAGCAGGCCUCUCAGGAGCAAUGCAUUCUCACAUAUUUCCUCAGGCUCACUUUGCAGCAACAUUUGGCACAGCAUCCAUGAGCAUGCCUGCAGGAUUUGGAACACCUGCCUCAUACAGUCUUCCUACUAGCUUUAGUGGUAACUUCCAGCAGCCUGCCUUCCCAGCCCAGGCAGCCUUUCCUCAGGCUGCUUUCGCCCAACAAACUAAUGGUGCAGGCUUUGCCGCAUUUGGACAGGCAAAACCAGUAGUAACCCCAUUUGGACAAGUUGCAGCUGUUGGAGUAUCUAGUAAUCCUUUUAUGGCAGGUGCACCAGCAGGGCAAUAUCCAACAGGAAGUUCAUCAACCAAUCCUUUCUUAUAGCCUUAUAGACACUUUACCUAAAAACUCUUAUGUGACCACAUAACAUCUCUGCGCCUCUUGCACUGUUGUCUUGUUUCACUGAUCUUAGCUUUAAACACAAGAGAAGUCUUUCAGGAAAAAAAAGCCUGCAUUGUGUAUUAAACCAAGAAACACCAGGUAAUGGGCAAAACAGAGGGUGGUGGUAACAUCCUUUCAUCUGUGCAUUGGCAGGAGAAUGUUAGCGGUAUCAUGUAUAUUAAAAUUGGCUAAUAUUAAGUUAUUGCAGAUACCACAUUCAUUAUGCUGCAGUACUGUACAUAUUUUUUUCUUAGGAAUUAGUUAUUUGUGCAUAUCAGUAUUUGUAACUUUUAACACAUUGUUAUGUGAAAAACGUUACGGGAAAAUAGAUCAGCCACUUUAAGGUGCUGUUGUAUCUCUUGGAAUGAAUGGCCUACAUCAUUUUAACCAUUGCGAUUGGAAGUUAUGAGUUCAAAAUUGAAGGUUUUAUUCAUUUCUCAAAGUGUUUUUCCUUUCCUAAAGAGCUCUUCUAUUUAUACAUGCCUAAAUUCUCUAUAAUGUAGAGGGAAACCUGUCUGCAUAAUAAAGCUGAUCAUGUUUUGCUACAGUUUGCAGGUGGAAAAAAAAUAAAACAUUAGAAAAAGUU